UGAAGAAUGUUCUUGUCACGACGUUGCCUCGUGACAAUUCUCGUGGUCAAACUUGUUAAUUAAACAGUUGAUUAAGAUCCCGUGCUCUCAUCUCGCAAUCGAAUGGUCAGUUGAACUUUUAACUUUCUAGAAAUUUGUCACAAGAUGAUUGAUUUGUCGACCUUCGGAUGCAUGAUAAGAACACGAGACCACGUUUAACCCCUUAAAAUAAUAUAUAUAAAUAAACUCCAAAAAAAGAGGAGUUGGUCAGAAAGAGAAUUUGCCUCUCAAUAGUCUCCUCAGUCCGAUUGCCUCUCAAUACGAGCAGCUAUGGGUUCAGCUGUGAUGAAAAGAUGGAAGAACACAAAAGACAACUUUGUAAGAAGAAUUAGAGAGAUGAAAGAAGCAUCGAAUAUGCGUAGUCAAAACGGUGUAAGGUUCAAGAAGAAGCCGAGGAAGUAUGUAUUUCAUGAUCAGCUGCAGUUUUUAUACAAACUUUAUGACCCAUCAGAAUAUAAAUACCAUUUUAAGAAAGAAAAAAGAAGUCUGGUUGAAGAAGACAUCAUGGCGGAUGUCGACAAUAGUAUAGUUAUGUUUGAAGAGUCAAAGUCAGAAAACGAAACGAUUGAAGACAAAGACGAAUAUAUUCUCGGGAUUGAUACUGUUGAUGAUGCACUACUGGAUGACACUCCACAAUCCACUCAAUUGGUACCGAUUGGAAAUAAAAGAAGUUAUGAUGAAGUUCAGUUGAAACUGUUGAAUGCGUUGGAAAAAAUGGAGAACACGAACCCCCACAUUUCCUUUGUGAAUAGCUUGUUGCCUACCUUGAACAAGUUAACACCAGAACAAAUUUUAGAUUUUCAGUAUGGUGUUUUGAAACUUUUGAAAGACAUUACCUCUUCUAAAUCAUCUGAAAGACCUUCAACUAGUACUUCUUACUUUUAAUUUUUAUAGUAUUACGGUAUGAACUAUUUUCUGGCAUAUUUAUUUAUUUUGAGAAAAAAAAAAGUCGUCUUUCAGUAAUUAAUUUGUUCUUUUUUUAAAGGAUUUCGUAGCCUCCAUCUUGUUUUUUCGUGUUAAUUUUUAUUUUUAAAUUUCAUAACCGCUUUACAUUUUCCUGGGAUAGACUGAUGACUGAAAAUCAUCUUUGGUACAGAUUGUUUGAGUUAAUUUCAUGAGUGAAAUGUUGCACGUUGAAUAAGUCCGUGAAAUUUACAAAAAUCUUUAAUGAGUGUUGAGUUCAAUUGAAUUAAAUAGACUUAAACGUACUUAACCUGAACUUUAUUGUAAUGUAGUUCAUUUAAAAAUCAAAUGAACUUCUAUGACUAUUUCAAUGAACUUCAUAUCAAAAACAAGUAUAUUCUGUGUUGUACAAUUAAAUUAAAUUUAAUUAAUAAAACAACAUUUAAUAAAUAACAUUAGUUAAUAAAUAACAUUUUAUUUAAUAAAUGUAGCUUAGCAAUAUUAGUAAAGAAGGAAAAAAAGUGCUAGUUGUAAAAUUGCUGAAUAUUUAAAAUUCAAUUUAAAUUUCGUAUAAGAAAUAUUUAGUACAUUUAUAUUUUUAUUUUAUUUUAUAAGCAGUCAGACUUAAGAAAGUGCCCUUACUUUUUUUUUUUUUUCAUUCACGCAAUUAUCGCUAAUCUGCGCUCUGUAAAGGAAGUUGGAUUUUUAAAUAAUUUUUUUUAUCACCCUCAUCACAUUAAAAUUUUUAUUAAUGGUAUUUUAAACAUGCUUUGUUAAUUAAAUAAUGAUUAAUUGUAGGAUAAAUAUUUUGUUAAUUUUCCUUUUGUGCUAUGAAGUUCUGUCUUUAUUCCCAUUGUAAAAAAUAUUGUAAAUUGAUGUUGUUGUUUUGUUAUUGUUAUUUAUUUGUAUUUUAAGAAAUGAAAAUAAUUAUACUUGUGUUUUUACUUAUCUCUCUCUCUUAUUUUAUUUAAAUAUUACGAAAAUAAGAGCUCAGCUCUCUUUAAAGUUUACACAGAGCUUGUGUACUUGAAUGUGCGGGGUAUUACGUUAAGUUUCUAAAACUCUUCAUUUACAAUAGACACCCGUUGAAUAUUUAUCUAUUUAAAAAAAUAUUCAAUGAAGGUAAAAUGAAUUCAAAUUGUGAGGAUGGAGGGGGGGAGCGAAAUGAAGUCAACUAUUAAAGCUAAUUGGAAAAAAAGUUUCGAUGCUAACAAUAAAUUGAACAGUUGUGAUUUUAUAUACUUGUACUAAAAGAACUCAAUCAACAAAUCAACAGUUAAACUCAGCGGCGCGACAGCCCUAGAGGGCCAAGGCCUACUGUGCCCAUCUCAGUUUUCUUGACCUUAGUUAACAGUUAAUAAAGGUUUUUUUUUUUUAAAAUUUCAUAAUUUCUUAGGAUGUUAUGACUAAAAUUUAACAUCGCGAUUUGUACUUUAACUUAGCAUCUCAACUCGUUCGCAUACUAAUGCUCUCCUCAAGCUAUAAAACCGCGAUAGUUCUGUAGUAAUUGCGCAGUGCGGAAUGUAAUAACGUGAACGUAAGGUAAGUGGAAGUGCUAAAUCUCUCUAAUGGGGCUACCCAAAUAUCUUACAGUUGUUGGAUAUUAUUUUGUAUAGUGAUUUAAUAAAGUUGAUUUUGUAAGUGAUCAAAAACCUCAAGGGUUGAUUUGUUUAGAAAGGAAUGCUGUUUUAGAUAUUAAUUAGAGCCAUUGAUAAGUUUCAGUACUACUUCUCGUUUCUCGCUGCAGAGAUUCCAGAGAUUUUUUUUUAUCGCUGGGUAGUCUAAAAUAUAGUGUCUAAAAACGUAAUAAGCAUAAAUCGAAAAUUAUUCUUAAAAGUAACGUUUAAAUAAUAAUUUUAAAUGACAAAAAAUUUGGUUCGAAAACUUUUUUGCUUGAAAUACAAGUUAUACAAAUUGUGAUAUUGGUAUUGUGAUAGUUAGCGAUAUUUUAUCAUCAAAAAGUGGAUUUAAAAAAAAAAAAAAUAGGAAAAGGAAAAUAAAAAAUUUAGCCUAAAAUCCACAAGAAAGCAAGGUAAGAGAUAAUUUUGAAAUGUAUAAUGCCAAAAAUCUGAAGCCGAAAGAUAAAUUUGAAUAAUGGAAAAACGUCAUUCGCUUCAAAAAUUAAGGGGAAAAUUUAUUAACGUGAUUCGUACUCUUAAAAACAAGCACCCACUCUCAAGAGUCACCAGACCUGAUUACGGAAAGCAAAAUGCAUUUGUAAGAAUAAAUUGCCACUUAAAAAAGAGAAAAUAAAAUAAAGGUGGGAAACAAGGGGGCCUCCUUGGUUGAAUGGUCUUGGCGAUCCACGAAACCUUCUGUAACAUAGAGGUAGUGCGUUCGAAUCCUGCCAUAACCUUGGAUGUAUCUUUACAAUGUCCUUUUCUAAUUUGUGCUAUCUGUCUUAACAAGGGCUGGUCUUCGUUAUGAGUACACAAGUCUGCCUGUGUAUGUGGAACAAUAAUAUUAAUAAAAUGGUUAAAAACAAAACAAGAAAAACGCGGUGGCCAAGAGAAACAACCAUUGACCGAGAGAGGUAGUUAUAGUUGUUUCAGCUUUUGCUAAACUCACUGGACUCAAACUUUACCUCUUCCCAUCCUUGCAGUAAACUUGUUACUACAGUACACAACCCGUUACCCGGAAAUCAAAAAACC